CGCCACCUCGCCACCACCAACCAGCUUGUCAACAUCAUUAAACAUCUAGCGUUUGUUUACGAUUGAACUUGUAUUAAGUCCUUGGCCGCCAGCCGUGUGGGUGACCACCCGGCCCGACGCACACUCACCGAGGUCUACAGAGAGUUGUAAGGUCGCUGACGCUCUCCAAAUCUUGCUUCAAUUAUUUUUCUUUCUAGGAGUUUGAUAUGGACCAAACUCGGAUCCAAGCCAAGUAUAAGUUUCACUAUAAAUAAUACUUGCUUAGACUACUUACUGAGACGCUGACUCCAUAGCCGCAGGCCACAGGAGUGUCGCGGUGUGCGUGCUAUGUUGUGUGUGUGUGUGUCACGCACACACUUGUAAUUACAUCGUGUGGUGCUCAUUGCGUUGAUGUCUUUUAUUCGAAACAAGUUUUAUUAAGUAGCUACUUGAUUUCUUUUCUCCUUUUUUGUUGGUCGAUAUCGUACAAUGGUAUUAUGGAUUUUAUUAAUCUGCUCCUAUUCGGAAUUCUAGACGUCACCCGUUGCAGAAUGCUCUCGAUUGUCUCUCGUCUCCAUCAUCAGGUCUGCUUUGAACGUUUUGUAAUGUCAACAGGCUCUUUGUGUAGGCAUCUGAGUGUGAAGUUUUCACCUCAUGCAUGGCUACAACUUUCGCAAGUCGCCCUCGCUUUCUCAGGGUUCUCACGGUCAGCUCGUGGAGCUGACACACGCGGAUCCUUUGGGAAGUAAUAACGAAACACUCGUUGUGUGGGAGUUGGGAUAUUUUGUUCAACGUUACGGAUUCCAACGAGUCUCACUGUCACUUGGCAUUGUCUUCAUUAUUCAACAGUAUCAGUGGAGCGCGUAUCAGUCGAGUGAACGACUUACAACUUAACUGAUUCAUACAUUAAUCAUAAUAUGAUGUACUCCUACAUUUUGUCAAUAAAGUAUCGGGAAUAGAUGUGUUUAUGAUUUCAAAUUAAUUGUUAUGUUUUUUUGGUGUUGUUGUAGUGUAGAACCACUGCGAUUGAACCUCGAGCCACCUUAUUGUUCACUAGGCACGAAGGAACUUCUCGUUCCAGAGUAAAAUAUACUUAACCUAUGCUACUCGGGAAUAUUGUAGCAUUCCAAAAGUGAAAAAAAAAUCAAAGCGCUUUAGCAGUUUCCGAGCAUUUUUCGGAUACAAUGCACAUUAGAAAGAUAUUUGUAAAUGUCUUUGUACUGUCUGUCAAGAAAGUACCGAGAAAAGAUGACUAUUACACAAAAGGUAAUGUUUUAUUUGUACUUAGGUACAUGAUACUAGCUUCCGUCCGCGUAGAGUUCGUUUAUAUCGCGUUUCCAAGAUAAUUCUUCAAAAGUCCGGGAUAAAAACUAUUCUAUGUUUUUUCUCAAGGUCAACUCUAUCUCUGUAAUAGCUCAUAUAGAGGCAUCUCAUUACUCUCCACGGCUGGCAAAAUUAUGGCACACAUCAUAAAUAAUCGCCUAGUUACACUAGCCGAGCGUUUUCUUCCUGAAAGCCAAUGUGGUUUCUGUCCAAAUAGAGGUACAGUUGACGCCAUAUUUUCCUUAAAACAGCUUCAAGAAAAAAGUCUAGAACAGCAUCGUGAUUCGUGACCUCUAUUUGUGUUUCGUGGACUUGGAGAAGGCUUUUGACCGCGUCCCAAGAUCUGCUCUCUGGGUGGUACUGGAAAAAUAUGGAUGCCCAGCGAAAUUUGUCAACCUGAUUCGCCAGUUCCAUGAAGGCAUGUUUGCCCGCGUACGUCACGAAGACAGUUUUACAGAACAAUUCCCCGUAACAAGUGGGGUCAAACAGGGGUGUGUUAUGGCGCCCACACUGUUUGCAAUCUACUUCUCCGCAGUAAUGAACGAUGCCAUGCAAAAAUGUACGAACAAGAUUACUCUUAACGUUCGCAUGGACAAAAGCGUAUUCAACCUCUCGCGCUUUAGGGCAAAACGCAAAGUAACGACUGUCUCCGUUGCCGAAAUACAGUAUGCCGACGACGUCUGCCUUAUGGCUGACAGCAUUGCUGAUCUCCAGGACUGUCUCGACCACCUAGACGAGUCCUGCCGCAAAUUUGGCUUAGUAAUCAGUGCAUCAAAGACCCAAAUUCUAAAACAGCCCGCAAGAGGAAAAUCUGCGGAUAACGUGACUGUUUACCUUAGCGGCAAAACUUUGAAGGAGUUAGGAACCUUUCGGUACCUAGGCAGUCUUAUACGUAACGACAAUCGUCUGGAGUUUGAGAUAUCAGCACGAAUUGCAAAGGCGGCUGCAGCAUUUGGUGCACUCAAACACCGUGUUUGGAACUCACACGAUCUUAAGUUACAGACUAAGAUUGCCGUAUACAAAGCUUUAAUUCUACCACUGCUUCUUUACGCCUCGGAGACAUGGUGUCUUUACAAAGGUGAUAUUAAACGCCGUGACACUUUCCACAUGAAGUAUCUCCGAGCAAUACUCCGUAUACGUUGGCAAGAUCGGGUUUCCAAUACGGAUGCUCUUCGACGGACGGGCUUGGCGGGCAUGGAGUGCCUUCUGAUGAAAGGUCAGCUACGCCGGUGUGGUCACCUGGUACGCAUGGAGUCCUCCAGGUUGCCGAAAACUAUUUUCUAUUCGGAAAUCAGUUUGGGUAAACGACAAGCUGGAGGACAAUAUUUACGUUACAGGGAUGUAUUAAAGCGCCACUUAAAAUCGACCGGUUUAUCCCCGAACUCAUGGGAGGACCUAGCCACCCAAAGAUCUGAGUGGCGAAAGGCAGUUCAUCAAGGACUAGAAAACUUCGAGUCCCAUCGUCUUGAAGACCUUGACGGUAAACGCCUGGCCCGUAAAACUCGUCCUAAACCGACGUAUAAUUACACCUUUAAUGCAAACGGAGAGCUCUACUGUGCAUCAUCUGACCGAAUUUUUUAAAAACAAAUUCGGGUUCGCAAGACACUACCGGGCCCAUGAGCGAAGACAGACUGCCGGGAAUUGACAGGGUGUCGCCGUCGACGGACACGUCUGGGAGGACAUCAUCAUCAUCACCAAAUUUUAUGAAAAUCAGUUCAGUGGUUUAGACGUGAAAGCGUAACAGACAGAGUUACUUUCGCAUUUAUAAUAUCAGUAGGAAAGUAGGGAUAGGGAAUGCUACAACAGGUUCAUAGGUUCAUGUAUAAUUCAUAUGUAGAUGAAUGGCAUGCCCAGAAGAACCGAAUAAAAACUUUGAUUGGAUUCACAAUUUUCUUGAAAAAAUAUUUUUUUCUAAUCAUCGGGCCAACUGUCGGCCAGCUACACUACUAGAUCGAAUAGAGUCGCUUGCAGUGCAGCUACAAAUACUGUCAAGUUCAGUGUAUACCAAACAUAUUCAUAUUCAGUGAACUGAAGAGAUGACAAUUAGCGAUUAAUUGUACUGAGGAAUAUGCAGAGGAGCGCGAGAUGCGCGCGCGAGUGCAGCGGGGGGC